CAGCCCAUGAAGGUCGAAAAUAGGCCAUCUUGCUUCCAGUUUCACACUUCACUUUUUGAUCUCGAAAACUUUGAGAGAGCAUUAAGGUACCUUGCAUCGAUUUGGUUUUAGGCUGCGGCAAUGGCGGAAGAGAACCAGAAGCAGGAAUCCUUAUCACCGCCGGCGUACGACAUUAACGCCAAGUGGGACGCUUGCCUUGAUUUGGCCCUUCGCCGGAGCGCCCUCUUCUCCUUCGUCGGUGCCGUUGGUGGUCUCGUCUGCUUCAGAACUCCCGCAACACGCUGGUCAGCUGUAGCUUUUGGUGCUGGAGCGGCUCUUGGAUCUGCUUACAUAGAAUGCUCUCACAAGUUUGCAGAUCAUGGACCUCAUCUGCCUGAUGCUUCUAAGGUUGAACAUUAAGCUGCAAUCCAAAAUACGGAUCAAAAUGUGCCGUAGCAAUUUCAAGUCACGAUCAUUAAUGCUAUGGUAUGAUGUUGGCUUUGUUUUGUGUGGUGCCCUCUUGGUUUUCAUUUGUUUCUUACUUCCCCUCCUGCUGGAGUUGAUAAGCAAAGGAGAAUAUGUAAUACUCUUUGGUUAACACUGCGUAUUAGUCCUGUUGCGUUUCUUACUCCGUAUAAUAUAUUUUUGCAUGUUUAAGGGAAAUAUGGAUCUAAAAGCAUGUGGCAUUGACAAUUGGGUAGGGAAAAUAACCAGUUUUGGCCUAUGAAGUAUGACCAAAAUUACUUUCGGUCUUUCGAGUUAGACAUUCGUAAAGUUAGGCCCCUGAAAUAUGUCCCCGAAGCAAUUUUGGUCAAUCAAGUAUCACAUCCAGU